AUGGUGAAGGACCAGGACCUGGAAAGGCCAGGGCAGGACUCCAAGCCGUCCCCGGGCCCUUCCACCUGGGCCAGCAAGACCCCCGACAAGCUGCAGCAGGCGGUCCUGCCCCUCCUGUCCAACACCGACUGCAAGAAGUACUGGGGCAGCAACAUCGCCAACUCGAUGGUCUGCGCUGGCGCCAGCGGCGUCUCUUCUUGCAUGGGCGACUCUGGCGGGCCCCUUGUCUGCCAGAAAGAUGGAACCUGGACUCUGGUGGGCAUCGUGUCCUGGGGCAGCAGCCGGUGUCUCCCAUCCUCACCAGGCGUGUAUGCCCGGGUCACUGAGUUUAUUCCCUGGGUUCAAGAGGUUCUUGAGACCAAGUGAGACCCUGCUCACCACCACCACCCAUCUGUGUAAAACCCAAAUAAACCCAUGAGAGCAACUGCA